CUUCCUUCGCUCAAUCAUUCUCUUUCUGAAAACCACGUUCGUAUACCAGUCAUGGCGAAGCAGCAAUUAGGCAACAUUGGCGCAACCACCACAGCCGCAAAGAGCAGCACCACAGCUUCACAUCGGCCUUCCAGGGACUCCAAGGAGCGGACAGGCGAGUGCUUAGAUGAUAUCGAGGAUUCAAAGAAAUGGCGCCUCAUCCAGGAAUCGGGACUCCUCGAAAAGAUCCAUAUACCCACCGACAAACAUAUCCAUACCACAAGCAACGCCAGCGAGAGUAACCAGGAUGAGAGUAUCUUGGGUGUGCGUCGAGACUAUAUCUCUGAGGGAGUGUUGUUUUCGAUUCCGACCACUUGUCUCUUCAUCAUCAUAGAUAUUCUGGUUCAUCGACAGGCCGGAGACGAUUACAGCACACAAUUGAUCGUACAAAAGAUACUCAAGAUCUUUCCAGUAGUUCUAGUCAUGGCCUACUUUUCCAACAGGGCCAAAUCCCACAAGCUGGUUCACGGAGCCAUGUUCUUGACUGCAACCUCCUGCGGCUGCUAUUUUAUACACACAAUGUUCAAAUCCCCAGCCCUGGGACUCAUGAAGCAAGCUCCCGGGGUGAUCACCAUUCUGGUCUAUUGCAUUGUUCAAUUAAACAUUAUCACCGCUGUCGCUAGUCUAGCCAUCUGCGGAGCGUACUACCUGUUCGAAAGCGCGACGAUUCAUCAUUAGCAAACACAAAUAAAU